UGUCAUAUCCCAUAGCAAACAGUGUUUGGCUUUGGCAGCCAAGUAAGGAGCUGGUAUUGGAACGUUACACCCUGUGCUGCGCCCAUACCCUUCCUAAUUACAAUUAACAAUACUAAUCCAAUUAAAUUAAUGGUAAUUAAGGUUUUUCUUCCAGAAUAUACUCCUUCCUCAUCCCCUUCUCCAUUAUCCACAACUUGCAACCCUUAAUCAAUUUCAAUUCCACUCCCUUCAGAUCUACGUCGUUUCGAUCCACCCCUGCCGUUUCCGUUUAGAUCCUCUCCUGUUACAUUACAAACCACAUCAAAAGAUUCUUUCUCCACACAGAACAAACGCUUCUUAAGCUCCAUUUAUCCAUUUUCCAAACCCUCUUCGCUCCUCGCGCGCGCUUCGGGUAUGGAUUUGGACGAUUUCCGAUCCAUAUUGGACACCGCGGGCGUCGACGUCUGGAUGUUCAUCGACGCCGCAAUCGCCGUCGCCUCCGCCGACUCUGCCGCCGAAUUGAGGCGUCGCCGAGACGGCAUAGUCGAGCGCCUCUACGCCGCCACGGCACCGCCGCCGCGCUGCCGGAAUUGCGACAACGGCCACCGCCUCAACGGCCACCAAGUCAACAAACAGAUUAGCCCUAGCCCUAGCCCCGAACGACAACCGCAACAUCGUGCCACCGCUUCCCCCGCCACGCCGCAGUCUGUCGACAACGACAACGCCGACGACGGCGGCGAGGAUUUAGAUCCUUACGGCGGCUUGUUCGACGACGAGCAGAAGAAGGUUCUGGAAAUUAAAGAGCAACUCGAAGAGCCUGACCAGUCUGAAGAUUCCUUGGUGGAGUUGCUGCAAAACCUCGCGGACAUGGAUAUUACAUUUCAAGCGUUAAAGGAGACUGACAUCGGGAGACACGUGAAUCGGUUACGGAAACAUCCUUCUAACGACGUUCGGCGAUUGGUGAAGCUGCUUGUCAGGAAGUGGAAGGAAAUUGUGGAUGAGUGGGUGAAGACGAAUCGACAGGGAGGGAGCAACACUCUGAUGGCUGAUGGAGACUCGCCUGUGCAGAAAGCCACCCAAAAUGGGCAUCAGCAGAUUCCUGAUUUCGCAUACUCGCCAAAUCCACACAAUGGGAGCUCUGGCUCUGACCGGAACAACUCAGAAGUAGAACACAAACCCAAAGUAAUUCCUCGCCCAAAACCCACGCCAUCACCCUCAGUUUCCACCCCUGCUUCCGCCACUCAAAACAGACAGAGAGAGAGCAAUUUUGACGCGGAUGCAAGGCUUGCUUCCGCGAGAAGGAGGCUUCAAGAGAACUACAAAGAGGCUGAAAAUGCCAAAAGGCAAAGAACGAUUCAGGUGAUGGACAUCCAUGAGUUACCAAAGUCAAAACCCAAGAAUGCCUUCUUUGGGAAGAACAAAGGUGGUGGUGGUGGUGGUUCUCAGGGAAGGCACUGGUGAAUGGUGAUGAUGCAUAUUUCCAUUGUUCGUGCCACUUUGCUUGUAAAAAGGCUUGUGGGGGUUUCCGGAUAAGUCAGUCCCAAACCCUGUUCAUCAUCAUCCCUGUGGAAUUUUCCUGCGCUCAUAAACCUAUUUUUUCUUCUUCCUUGUGGUUUUUAUUUACUUAAAUUAAUAAUAACCGAAGAAAAAACUCCUCAAUAUUUUUUCUUCUUGAAAGGGUACCCAUCCAACCCGCGUUUGUCGGUUUGUUGAGGAGCACGUGAUUUCAGGAAACAGGAUAGGGAUUGGACGGGGUAGGGCUAAAAAAGGUUUUUCGUCAUAGAUGCAAAACAUCGUUUUCUGAGGGUCAAGUUUGAACUCUGGUGCAUUAGGUUUAAAGGAUGCAUUACUCCAUUAAUUACAUCUUAGCCUUUUUCUUGAAGAAAAAAAAGCAAACGGAAGUCAAGUAGUGAUCAUACUUCAUGAUUUUACUCCGGGUGGGUGGGAAUGUAGUUGCUGUGGGCAAGCUUAGGAAGUUGACACGAUCACAAAACUUGGCCUCUCUUAAUUAUUGAGUUCGAAUCCUUUGCCGUAAAAAAUGUGUUUUAUUUGGUGCAGCAAACCAUGUAUGACCCCUUUGUUUAAUAGUUGAAACUCAACAAAUGGACAAAAGUCAUACGUUC